UCAGUUUCAUAUCUGUCGCUAAGAACGCCGUGGGUUUUUGAAAAAACAUGCAUAUAUGUAUUUCAUUGACGCGUCUCUGAUUGGAAAGUUUAGUUAUAGCGAAAUAGAAAGAUAAGAUGUUGUGUUGUCUGCAUAGUGUCAACUUUUAGUUUUGUUGCAAAUCCGUUAUCUUGUUGAACUUGAAGUGUUCAAUUCAACUGGUUGGUUCAGGAAUUCCUCCACUUUGGUUUGAAUAAAAAAAGAGAGUAAAAUGGCUUCAAAGAAAGAUUCAAAGCUGAAUGAAGCGUUGUUGAAAACACGAGUCAAAGAGCUGGAAGAUGAGGUGGCCAGUUUGAAGAAGAGGCUCGAUGACUUGAGGAAGGCUAAAAGUACGACAGUUCUCAAACGAGAAAGGGAGGUUAUUCAAGUCGGAACUCCGUUCAGCAGACGAGACUCUAAGACAAAGUUGUCGGAUACGAAGUCGGUUAAAGAUGACAGUGACUGGGAGAAAGAGAUUGCAGCACUGCGAAACAAAUUCGCUACCGAAAUGGAGCAAGUUAAACAACAGAUGUCAAAGGAUGGUGCUUGUACUCACGAGGAGGAAAUCACACAGCUGAGACAAGAUAUGGCGGAACUGACCAAUGAGAAUCUGGCUCUGAGGAUUGAAAACAGUCAGCUGAGUGACCAAGUCGACUCCCUCAGACUGGAACUGAGCGUCAAGGAGGCACACUGGUGUGAAACGGAGGAGAAACUAGCAAAUAAGUUGAAGAUUUCGUGGCAGGAGCAGUACAAAGAAUGGAUGGAGAGAACAGAGGCAAAAAUUGAGGAACUGCAGCAAACGAAUGCCAUGCUUCGUCAAUAUUUGAAGAAUCAGAGACCAAUGGGAUCGGACCCAACGGGCUGAAGGGCUAAACGUACUGGUCACAACUGAUAACAAUGACUGUGAUAGACACAAGAGUACCCACUGAUAUUUUAGCAGGAAAAAACUUUUAGAAGCCAAAACGAAUAUCUGUGAUAUUUUAACAAGAAAAUCACUUUUGGAAAAAAUAUCCAAACAAACAUCUGUGAUAUUUUAAGAGUAGAAAUCUCCCGAAAAAGCCAAAACGAAUAUCUGUGAUAUUGUAACAAGAAAAACACUCAUGAAAAAAGUACCCAACACAAACAUCUGUGAUAUUUUAACAGAAGAAAUCUCCUAAAAAGCCAAAACGAAUAUCUGUGAUAUUGUAACAAGAAAAACACUCAUGAAAAAAGUACCCAACACAAACAUCUGUGAUAUUUUAACAGAAGAAAUCUCCUAAAACGCCAAAACGAACAUCUGUGAUGUUGUAACAAGAAAAACACUCAUGAAAAAAGUAUCUAAAACAAACAUCUCUGAUAUUUUAACAGAAGUCUUAAAAACCAAAGCAAAAAAACGGAUAUUUUAAUGGAAGAAAACUCUUGAUAUUUUAUUUUAUUUUUAUCUAUUGCCUAGUGCUAGAAACUCCCAAAUCUGACAGUUACACCAAAGAUACUGUUGUAAUUCAAAAAGCACUCACAUUAAUUAAUUAAAAAAAAUAGUGUUUAUUAGUAGGCAUAUUAAGGGACCGAAGAUGAUUUUUUAGUUCUGUUUCUGCCUAUUAUAUAGCUUACUGUAGUGCGUUUAGCCGCCUACAUUAGUGCAGUUUUUGCCUAUUGUCCUUUCCACAGGGAAUUCCUGGAAAUUAAUACUAUGGAAUUUACCACAGAUUAUUUAUUUCUGAGCCGACUGUUUUCUAAAUUCAGGGACGUGAGAGCUACGCGGAAACAUAAAUGCGCUUUUCCAUUUCAUCUAAAAAAAACGAAAAACCCCAAUCCUGAUGCGAAAAAAAGAAAAAAUGAAAGUAGUAUCGCACAAAGUAGUAUUCGAGCUAGUACAUUCCUUUGGCUGGAUUUUGUCAGCUUCAUUGUGAUUGGCCAGUUUUGUCCAAUCCAGGAUAUGCUAUUUAAAAGCCUUUGUUCCGACUUGGGAAGAAAGAAGGUGAGCAGUAAGCGUUUUUGUUCCAGCACAUCUCACAUCCCUGUAAAUUGUACCCAAAUCUUCUUACGUCAAACCGAACUAAAAUUAUUUAUGUCACUAAUGAUAGGUUUAGCACUGAAACAUACACAGUGACAUAACAAAAGAAGCGAUAUCUCCUAGGAUAAUGUUGCAGGAGAUAUC